AUCAAUAAAAAUAUAUUUAGCUCAUCUCAUUGCCACCAAGUCGACAGGGGGAUGUGCACUCUUGCUGGCCGGGAGGAGGGAGCCGUGAGCCGACGCCAGCUGUCGGGGGCUGUCUGCCCUGGAGAUGUGCCUCUCUGGAUCCCCAAAUCCCCCCAUUUGACCACCCUCUCUCUGCAGCCACCACUUUGCUUUCCAUUUGCUAAAUCAGCGCCCGCUAAACCUCUGGGGGAGGAGGGAUUACGGCUGAUGACAGAUGUUAUAGACGGACGCGAUUUGGGCAGACCAGGCCAGUGUGACGCCUCCCGGCCGACCGGCUGCAGCCAGCCUGCUCCCAGGCCCCUGGCCUCCUUGUCCGGAAACCCCCUAGGGGGCUGCCCUCGUUGGGGGGGUCUGGCCCUACCCACCGAGGGGUGCAGGGGACAGUCAUGGGCUCCCCGAGGAAGAUGAGCAGCUCUUUCAAGUGGGGCUCGCUCAAGAGCUCCACGUCGGGGUCGCAGAAGGGACAGAAGGCGUGGAUUGAGAAGACCUUCUGCAGGCGGGAAUGCGUCUUCGUCAUCCCCAGCACCAAGGACCCCAGCAGGUGUUGCUGUGGCCAGCUCAUCGCCCUGCAUAUCCCCCCUCUGCCCAGCGUAACAUCCAGCAAAAAUGGGGAGGAGAGCACAGAGCUGGAGGCUCCGCCAGAGAAAUGGUCUGUGGGCAGACACACCCAGGCCUACCCGACCGAUGCCUACGGGACGCUGGAGUUCCAGGGCGGCGGAUACUGCAACAAAGCCAUGUACAUCCGCGUGUCCUACGACACCAAGCCGGACGCGCUGCUGCACCUGAUGGUGAAGGACUGGCAGCUGGAACUCCCCAAGCUCCUCAUCUCCGUGCACGGCGGCCUCCAGAGCUUCCCGAUGCAGCCCAAGCUGAAGCAGGUGUUCGGCAAGGGCCUGGUCAAGGCCGCUGUGACCACGGGCGCCUGGAUCUUCACGGGGGGCGUCAGCACGGGGGUCAUCAGCCACGUCGGGGACGCCCUGAAGGACCACUCCUCCAAGUCCCGGGGCCGGGUCUGCGCCAUCGGCAUCGCCCCCUGGGGCCUCGUGGAGAACACGGACGACCUGAUCGGGAAGGACGUGACCAGACUCUACCAGACCAUGUCCAACCCUCUCAGCAAGCUGUCCGUGCUCAACAGCGCCCACACGCACUUCAUCCUGGCCGACAACGGCACGCUGGGCCGCUACGGCGCCGAGGUGACGCUCCGGCGGCAGCUGGAGAAGCACAUCUCCCUGCAGAAGAUCAACACACGGCUGGGCCAGGGGGUGCCGGUCGUGGGCCUGGUGGUGGAAGGCGGCCCCAACGUCUUCUCCGUCGUCCUGGAGUACCUCCGCGAGGAGCCGCCGGUCCCCGUGGUGGUCUGCGACGGCAGCGGGCGGGCCUCGGACAUUCUGUCGUUCGCGCACAAAUACUGUGAGGAAGGAGGGGUCAUCAGCGAACCGCUCAGGGACCAGCUGCUCGUCACCAUCCAGAAGACCUUUAACUACGGCAGGACCCAGGCGCUGCAGCUGCUGGCGGCGGUCGCGGAGUGCAUGAAGAGGAAGGCGCUUGUCACGGUGUUUCGGAUGGGAGCCGAGGGCCAGCAGGACAUGGAGAUGGCGAUUUUGACUGCCCUGCUGAAAGGAACCAACGCGUCCGCCCCGGACCAGCUGAGCCUGGCGCUGGCUUGGAACCGCGUGGACAUAGCGCGGAGCCAGAUCUUCGUCUUUGGGGCCCACUGGCCGCCCCUGGGGAGCCUGGCCCCCCCGGCGGACAGCAAGGCCACCGAGAGGGAGAAGAAGCCGCCCACAGCCACCACCAAGGGCCCAGGGAAAGGGAAAGGCAAGCGGAAGGGGAAGGGGAAGGAGGAGGGGGAGGAGGAGACCGACCCCCGGAAGAUCGAGCUGCUGAACUGGGUGAACGCGCUGGAGCAGGCCAUGCUGGACGCCCUGGUCCUGGACCGCGUGGACUUUGUGAAGCUGCUGAUCGAGAACGGGGUCAACAUGCAGCACUUCCUCACCAUCCCGCGCCUGGAGGAGCUCUACAACACGAAACUUGGGCCGCCCAACACGCUCCACCUGCUGGUCAGGGACGUCAAGAAGGGCAACCUGCCGCCCGAUUACCACAUCAGCCUCAUCGACAUCGGGCUGGUGCUGGAGUACCUCAUGGGGGGCGCCUACCGCUGCCACUACACCCGCAAGAGCUUCCGGACCCUGUACAACAACCUGUUCGGACCCAAGCGGCCGAAAGCUCUUAAGCUCCUGGGAAUGGAAGACGACGAGCCUCUGGCCAAAGGGAAGAAGAAGAAGAAGAAGAAGAAGGAGGAGGAGGCGGACGUGGACGUGGACGACCCGGCUGUGAGCCGCUUCCGGCACCCGUUCCACGAGCUGAUGGUGUGGGCCGUGCUGAUGAAGCGCCAGCGCAUGGCCGUGUUCCUGUGGCAGCGCGGCGAGGAGAGCAUGGCCCGCGCGCUGGUGGCCUGCAAGCUCUACAAGGCCAUGGCCCACGAGUCCUCGGAGAGCGAGCUGGUGGACGACAUCUCCCAGGACCUGGACAGCAACUCCAAAGACUUCGGGCAGCUGGCUGUGGAGCUGCUGGACCAGUCCUACCGGCACGACGAGCAGGUGGCCAUGAAGCUGCUCACCUACGAGCUGAAGAACUGGAGCAACUCGACCUGCCUCAAGCUGGCCGUGGCGGCCAAGCACCGCGACUUCAUCGCGCACACCUGCAGCCAGAUGCUGCUCACCGACAUGUGGAUGGGCCGGCUGCGCAUGCGCAAGAACCCCGGCCUGAAGGUUAUAAUGGGGAUCCUCCUGCCCCCCACCAUCUUGCUUCUGGAAUUCCGCGCCUACGACGACUUCUCUUACCAAACGUCCAAGGAGAAUGAAGACGGCAAAGAAAAGGAGGAGGAGAGUGUGGACCCGAACGCGGACGCCGGCUCCAGAAAGGGGGAUGAGGAGAGCGAGCACAGGAAGCAGAGGAGGAUCCCCAUCGGGACCAAGAUCUGCGAGUUCUACAACGCGCCCAUCGUCAAGUUCUGGUUUUACACGAUCUCGUACCUGGGCUACCUGCUGCUGUUCAACUACAUCAUCCUGGUGCGCAUGGAGCGCUGGCCCUGCCUGCAGGAGUGGGUCGUCAUCGCCUACAUCGUGACCCUGGCCCUGGAGAAGGUCCGCGAGAUCCUCAUGUCGGAACCCGGCAAACUCAGCCAGAAGGUGAAGGUGUGGCUCCAGGAGUACUGGAACAUCACGGACCUCGUGGCCAUCGCCGUGUUCCUGGUCGGGGCCGUCCUGCGCCUGCAGAAGCAGCCGUACAUGGGCUACGGCCGGGUCAUCUACUGCGUGGACAUCAUCUUCUGGUACAUCCGCGUCCUCGACAUCUUCGGGGUCAACAAGUACCUGGGGCCCUACGUGAUGAUGAUCGGGAAGAUGAUGAUUGACAUGCUGUACUUCGUGGUCAUCAUGCUGGUGGUGCUGAUGAGCUUCGGCGUGGCCCGCCAGGCCAUCCUGCACCCGGACGAGGAGCCCUCCUGGAGGCUGGCCCGGAACAUCUUCUACAUGCCCUACUGGAUGAUCUACGGGGAGGUGUUUGCGGACCAGACAGACCGUAAGACUAGAAUUCAUAUCUACGCCAUGGAAAUUAAUCCUCCUUGCGGCGACAACCAGUACGACGAGGAGGGCAGGCGGCUCCCGCCCUGCAUCCCAGGCGCCUGGCUGACCCCGGCCAUCAUGGCCUGCUACCUGCUGGUGGCCAACAUCCUGCUGGUCAACCUGCUCAUCGCCGUGUUCAACAACACCUUCUUUGAAGUGAAGUCCAUAUCCAACCAGGUGUGGAAGUUCCAGCGGUACCAGCUCAUCAUGACGUUCCACGACCGGCCGGUCCUGCCCCCGCCCAUGAUCGUUCUGAGCCACGUCUACAUCAUCGCCACGCGGCUCAGCGGCCGCUGCAGGAAGAAGCGAGAAGGGGACCAGGACGAGCAGGACCGCGGACUGAAGCUGUUCCUCAGCGAGGAGGAGCUGAAGCGGCUCCACGAGUUCGAGGCGCAGUGCGUGCAGGAGCACUUCCAGGAGAAGGAGGACGAGCAGCAGGCGUCCAGCGACGAGCGCAUCCGCGUCACCUGCGACAGGGUGGAGAACAUGUCCAUGCGGCUGGAGGAGAUGAACGAGCGGGAGAGCUUCAUGAAGACGGCGCUGCAGACGCUGGACCUGCGGCUCUCGCAGCUGGAAGAGCUGUCGGGCCGGGCGGCCAGCGCCCUGGAGGCCCUGGCGGGGCUGGACCGGCCGGAGCUCACGCCCACGCGCUCCCGCGCCCCCUCCGAGUGCGAGGCCACCUUUCUGCUGCGGCAGAGCAGCGUCCACAGCGCCGACAGCGGCGGCGGGUUCCGCUUCCUCUUCCCCGCGGAGGAGCUGGGCGAGGCCUCCCUCCCCGGGCCCCCCGGCUCGGGGUUCGGCCAGAAGAAGGCCUGCUCCUUCCGUGGGAAGGGAGAAAGGGACCCCCAGAGGCACCUGGCCCCGGGCAGGCAGGGCAGCCUCCGCUUCCUCCCGGGCCGGAGCGCCCCAGCCACCCCCGGGGGCAGUCGGCUCGCGUUAGACAACAUCCAGGACCCAUCGGAGUCGAAAUCGGGCCCAGACAUCGGGGUUCCCGCGGGCGGGGACGAAAGGCGGGCGGACUCGGAAAGGGAGAGGGAAGAAACCAAGUCCCCCGGUGUCACCCCCACGGCGGCCCCGCCUGCAGGGAAGAAAUCAGAUCCGCAAGUCGCGCAGCUCACGACGGCGGGAGCAGCACGGGUGGAAGGGGCUGUGUCCGGCCCCCCGGGGGACACGCAAAGGCCACGCUACGACCCCGGCCAGGCCUUCCAUGCCCGUCGAACCCUGGAGUCCACGAGCUUUGUGUAUUCCCACGGGAGGAAGCUGGUCGGCGGCGGGGUUCCCCCGUGGGGCGCGGAGGCCGGGUCCCUCCUGGGUCAGGCGUGGACCGCGGAGUGGAAAUACCAAGUUCAGAAGAUCACGCGGUCCCGCAGCACCGACAUCCCCGCCUACGUGGUGUCCGAGGCCGCCAGGCGGGCGGAGCAGAAAGACCCAUCGACAGACACGGAGGAGGAGGCUCGCGGCGCCUCCAGGGGGCUCCCCUGGACCCCUCGCCUGUCCCUGGCCGUGACCGAGGCAGCGGAAAAGGGGAACCUGCUGGCGGUGAGAGCCGACCAGGCGUCGGGGUUCCCGUCGUUAAGGUCCAAGAGUCUACACGGCCGCCCCAGGAGGGCUGCGGGCGCGCAGGGCGGGCUAGACACACCCGGGCAUGCCAGCAGCGUGGGGAGCCUGGUCGCCGCCCCGCCUGGGAUGAAAACGGAGGCCCAGCCAGAGAAAACUUCCGCCAAGACGGAGUGCUGAUGCGCUGGGCUUCUCCGGGUUUUUGACAUCAAAGCGCAGAGGACCACCACCCCCUUGGCAGUCGAGACGUCAUCAGGUUAUGAAAACGUGUGCAUGAAAGAUACUCAUCCCU